AUGAUAUUACAGAUUGAUGGUGCCACUGGCGAAGAAUAUACCUUCGAAAAAAUGCAAGACAGAAGUGUGAGGUGUGCCUUGUGGCUGAAGAAACAGGGUUUGCUCCCGAAAUUCUCGAAAGACGCGAAAUUAUUGAAAUCCGACGCUUUGAGCAAGUACGAUCUCUCCUGUAUCAAGUCUGUAAUUUGUGGUGGAGCCAAACUGUCAGUUGCGUCUCGUGAUGCAUUUGCUAAAAAGUUACCAGGCGCUUCCAUCCUAGCUGGCUAUGGCAUGACAGAACUAGGAGCUGGCACAUCAGUACAAUCAAACAGCUCAAAACCCGGAUCGCGUGGCCGCCUCUUAAUCAAUUGCCAGCUGAGGGUAGUGGAUACAGAUACGGGUAGAGUAUUGGGAACUAAUCAGGUGGGUGAACUAUUGUAG